AUGGGCUGGAUAGGUUGGACAAUCACUGGAGCUGGUGGAUGUGGUUGCAUAGUUCAUUCAAUUUUUGCAGAGCAGAGGUCAUUUGUCCAUAGAGCAAGUUAUGAAGGGGUGGUAAUGCUAUGGCACCCGUGGCUACUAGUUGAGGACUGUGACCUGGUGAUGGUGGUUAUAGGGUAUAGUCAUGGUAUCAGUCACUGCAGUCAUGAUAGUAUGGUCGCUAGGGUGUUGCAUCUUUUCUACAGAUUGGUUGUCCAGCCAAGUGCAUCUAGGGCUCACAUGUUUGCGGAAGAAUUCCUAGCAUGUGGUGGCGCAGAAACUUUUCUUGUUCUGCUCCAGAGGGAAGCUAAAGCUGGAGAUAGUAAUGUCCUGGAUUCAUGGUCAACAAAUCCUGAACUUCAAAAAACUGAGAUUGAUGGUGGUAAUGAAAUGACAAAAGGAAGUGAAGAGGAUGAAGGAUCACGGGAGAAAUAA